UCUCUGGAGAGAAAGCAGAGUUAAUGUUUCAGAUCCAGUGACCCUUCUUCAGUUCUCACAGAUAUCUCAAUUGCCACAAACCAUUAGUAACAAACCGACACAGGAGCUGGAAAGUGAAAUCAUGGGGGGAAGAGGUGAACAGAAAUCAUAUUAUCAUGGAAAAAGUAGAAUAAGUGAAAGAACAGAUUUUCAUUGAAAUGCUGAGAAAGGUAGUGCAGAAGAUGGAAUUGAGUCAAAAGGACUGAUUGUGUUUUCACUGUCUUAGGGAUGAAUGUUUAAAGGCAAAUUGCCAGAGAUUAAAAAGUAAUCCAGUGAAAAUGGCUGGUGUUUCUCCAGGGAAAGUUGUACCAAAAAGUUAAAGUUGUGAGCAACCUGUUCCUUCUAAUGGAUUCACUAUCGGGGCAAAAAAGACAGCAGGGAUUUUGGUGGAUUAAUGUUUAAAAGGAAGUAACACCAGUUUUUUUCUCUGAUAGAGGUGAGAAAGAUUGUGAUCCUGAGAGCUACUAGCUCAGCUCAGAUCUUAUUAAUAGAAAAAGAUUGACUUUUCUUCAAGAAGUUACCUGUUUUAAUACAGUGCAUUGUUAGUAAUUGUGUGCAAACCCCAUUGUUUAGAAUGAAUUUAGGUGAUGCUGUGGUAAAUGAGUGAGUGUUAUUUUUGGUUUUAUUUCAAAAUUACAAAUGAAUGAUGUGGCUGAAUCAUUGGAAUUGACAUAAUGGGGUGUAUUGUGUUCCCACAACGUGUGAUGGUGUCCUAUAAUUCAGGAGCUUUGUCUGUGAGUAAACAUUCCUUGUCUAUUUGUAAUCCAGCUGAGCAAAGAACUGAUUCAACUAAAAAUACUGAUGUAUCUACUCCAGUCAUGGACACUACCAAAGCAGCAAAAGCGCUUGCAAUUCACAAGUUAAAUAUUUUCAAGACAAAGGCCUUGGGGAGCACAAAGUGAUCAUAACACUUAAGAUUGAAUUAAAUGUAAAAUAAAAAUGAACUGUGGUUUCUAGAAAUCUGAAACAAAACCAUAAAUUGCAGUAGAAACUCAGCCAAUCUGGUAGCAGCUGUGGAGAGAAAAUAGAGUGAAUGUUUUGAGUCCAGUGACCCUUCUUCAGAAUGGAUCUGGACUUGAAAUGGUAACUCUGGUCUUUCUCCAGAAAUGCUGCCUGACCUGCUGAGUUUCUCCAGCAAUUUCUGUUUUUGUCAUUGAAUUACACAUGUUUGCCAGUGCUGAAACAAUACAGAAUACAACAGUAAGCGGUUCAGCAAUGAACAACUCACAAUGAAUUGUGUGGAAGGCUCCAAGUACAAAGAAAAAUGAAAAUCCAAAUUGACGAAUGUGUUGAUGGCACUCACAGUGAAAUAAAUGUCCUUCUGAAUGUGAUCAAGAAAAAACUGGCAGAUUACACUUUAUUUAAAGAUCAGAUCAACCAAGAAUAUCAAACCCUGCUCUUGAACAUGCAAAAGAAUUUUGAUAAUGUGAUCGAGGAAGAUUGUAACCAUGGAAGGGUUGAGUUGUUGGUCUUUAAGGCAAACCAAAUGCUUUUUGCAGUUGGUUAUGAUAGCACAGAUGUUCAAAUCUUCUCCAAGCGAAAGUAUUCUAUAAGUCUAAGUGCUAAACUGAGAAACUUCAGAGAGAUGAAAGCAAGUGCCAGAGGCCUGUGGCCUAACCCUCGGUUAGUCCCUAAACAGAACAAAUGGACCUUCAAGAUUUUUUGGAAAUGAGGGAACUUUUGGGGUAUAAAAGUAAAACUGGAAUCGAGGCACACAUCGAUAUAUACGAUAAUGCCCUGGGAUCAUCAUAACCUAGCUUGCUGCUCAGGGAGAAAGGUGAAGCGAGUCGGUCAAUGAGAAUCUCCACAGACAGCGAGGCAGCAGAAACCAAUCAGACUCGGAAAGUGAUGACCAGAUUUGGACUGAACACUAAACCCCAGAGUGAGAAUGUUCUUGUUGACAAUAACCAUUCCGGUGGAGAAAGCAAUCACUGAUUUGGAAGGUUAAGCAAAGAGGAUGGUACGCAGUCAUGAAACUGAAAUCAAACAUCACAUCAUGAUCUGAUGGAGUCACCCAAUUUAUCACAACCAGUUACCAACAGCUUUUAACCAUGGAAGGAGAAAGCACAUUUCGCAGUGGGGAGAACAGAUACACAUGUUCUGUGUGUAAAAAAGGCUUCAGCCAAUUAGCUAGCCUCAAGAAGCACAAAUGCAGUAACACUGGGGAGAAAUUAUUGAAAUCUGGCAACUGUGAGAAAGGAUUUAGCCAUUGCUCUGGGCUGAAAAUUCACAAAGGUAUUCACACUGGGGAGAGGCUGUUCACCUGCUCUCUGUGUGGAAAAGGAUUCACUCAGUUAUCUACACUGUGCACACACGAGCAACUUCAUACUGAGGAGAGACCUUUUAAAUGUCCCCACUGUGGGAAGUGCUUUAAAAGUUCCAGUAACCUGAUGUCCCAUCAGCGUGUUCACACUGAGGAGAGACGGUUCAGAUGUUCUGACUGUGGGGCUGGCUUCAAGUGGUCAUCUCAACUGACUGUGCACCAACGCAUUCACACUGGGGAGAAGCCAUUCUCCUGCUCUGAAUGUGGCACUCGAUUCACUCAAUCAUCCCACCUCAAGGCACACCAGCAGGUUCACACUGAGAAGAGACCUUUUAAAUGUACAGAAUGUGGGAAUUCCUUUAAAAGUUCCAGUGAGCUGAUGUCCCAUCAACGAGUUCACACUGAGGAAAGGUGGUUCAGAUGUUCUGACUGUGGGGCUGGCUUCAAGUGGUCAUCCCAACUCACUGUGCACCAACGCAUUCAUACUGGGGAGAAACCGUUCACCUGCUCUGAAUGUGGAAUUGGAUUUACUCGGUCACAUGACCUCAAGGCACACCAGCAGACUCACACUGAGGAGAGACCUUUUAAAUGCCCAAACUGCAGGAAGUGCUUUAAAAGUUCCAGUCGAUUGCAGUCCCAUCAACGUGUGCACACCGAGGAGAGACCUUUUAAAUGUUCAGAUUGUGAGAAGUGCUUUAAAAGUUCCACACAACUGAUGCUCCAUCAACGUAUUCACACUGAUGAGAGACCAUUCAGGUGCUCUUAUUGUGGGACUGGGUUUAGGCGAUCAUCUCAACUCACUAGACACCGGCGUCUCCACACUGGGGAGAGGCCAUUUAUCUGCUCUGAAUGUGGGCAGGGAUGCAUUGACCCUUCCCACCUCAAGGCACACCAGAGAGUUCAUACUGAGGAGAGACCAUUUAAAUGUCCAGAGUGUGGGAAGUGUUAUAAAAGCUCUGGGGAGCUGAAGUCACACCAACGUGUUCACACUGACAAUAGACCAUAUAGCUGCGCUGUCUGUGGGUCCAGGUUCAUAUGGUCAUCACAACUCCGUGCACACCAACGCACUCACACCGGAGAGAGACCUUUCACCUGCUCCCAGUGUGGGAAGGGAUUCACUCGGAAAAUUCACCUCAAGACACACCAGCGUGUUCACACAGGGGAAAGACCUUUUAAAUGUCCAGACUGUGGGAAGUGCUUUAAAAGUUCUUGGGACCUGAUACGCCAUCAACGUGUUCACUCUGAUCAGAGGCCUUUUGAAUGCCAAGACUGUGGGAAGUGCUUUAAACGUUCUGGGGACCUGUUUCGCCAUCAGCGGGUUCACUCUGAGCGAUCUUUUACAUGCCCAGACUGUGGGAAGUGCUUGAAAAGCUCUGGGGAACUGAUGUACCAUCAACAUAUUCACACCGAUGAGAGACUGUCAGGUGCUCUCACUGUGGGACUGGAUUCAGGCAAUCAUCUCAACUGACUUUACACCAGUGAGUUCACACUGGGGAUAGGCCAUGCAUACCUGUGGAGACAGCAGUGUGUUCAUGAGAUUUCAGGAGCUGUAUUUUUCUGUAAAUUAUAUCCAGAUGUUGAAAAAUCGUAGCCCUGCUUUAUGUUAUAGCACUUUGGGGAACGACAAAUAUAUGGACUUUGUUAAAUGCAGGCGGUAAUAAUGGGUGAUUUCUAUUUCCAUGUAGAGUGGGUGAAUCUAAUCAUUACAAAUGUUAUGAAGGAUUUUUUUUUUUUUUUCUUUCUGUAAUAUUACAGGCCAGAGUAGACCCCCUCAAAAUAUAUUAAGAAGAUAGUUUAGACCCUAACUUUUUCUCAGCACCUCGCAGUCACCUCUGAAAUGUGUUCCAAAUAAAAUUUGUGGUCAAACUAUGCGAUGUUAAGCAACACACAUUUUAUUCAAACCCUCUACUUAAACUACAACAGAAUAAAGAAGAACUUGGAAUAAUAACUCUAUUGGAAAACUUAACUGAAUAGUAAUCAUUACUAUCUAUUAAUUAACUUCCAAUUUAGUAACAUCCCAUAACCUCACCCUUGGAACAAGGCAAAUUCAGAAAAACAGAUUGUUUCAUAUAUCAUUCUCUAAUGGAGGAAGGAACAUCAAAGGACAAUUUUGAGGGAAAAUUCAGAGAGAGAGUGUAGCAUGUGGGAGUGAUUCACUACCUUCCAAUCCUGCUAAGACCACAGCAGUAACUGCCAAAAUUAAAAUCCUGGUUCUGUGAGAGCUUGACCACAUACACUCAGACUGAAUCUAUUGUUCCAAUUUAAAAAGAAAAACACCCCAAGGCCUCACAAGUUGGUUAUCCUCUCAAAUAUUGUUUGGAACCCGUCCCCCAGUCCCCCUCUAAAAUAAACUGGAGAAAAAACAUAUCUUAAAGUCGUGGCAUGAUCACAGGUGUGUACAAGAUUUAUUUUUAAGUCAGAACUUUGGAGGAUCAAUUCUGAAUCAGGCUGUCUUAAUUACCCAUUUUAUUUACAUAAUAUAAUUAUUUUUGGUGUUCAGGAGCCUUUGGGAAAUAGUGACCAUAAUAUUGUAGAAUCUUUCAUCAAGUUUGAUAGUGUCAUACAGUAGUUCAUUCUGGAAUAAUGUUCUCCAAUCAGAGCAAUGGAAAUUGAAUGAAUUGGCAAGUGAGCUGUGAUGUAUUGGCCAAAUACAAGGAGAGGCAAUGACCUAGUGGUAUUAUCAUUGAACUGUUAAUCCUAUGAACCAGGUAAUGUUCUGGGGACCUGGGUGGAAAGAGGCUUAGGUAUUCUUCCACCCUCACUGUGCACAAAUACACUCCCAUCGGAGAAAAACCAUUCACCUGCUAUGAAUUUGGGAAGGGAUUCACUCAUUUAUCACCCUGCAGGCAUACCUGUGUGUUCACGGUGAGGAGAACCCAUCCAUGUGCUCCAAGUGUGGGAAGGAUUUCACUCAGUUGUCUAUCUUCCAGAUGCACCAAAGAGUUCAUGGUGUGGAGCAGCUGUUUGGCUGCACUUCCUGCGGAAAGAGGUUCAGGCACUCUUCUGCCCUCACUGCACCAACACACUCAGACUGGGGAGAAGCCAUUCACCUGCUCUGAGUGUGGAUAGAAAUUCACUCAGUCCUUUCAUCUUCAGGCACACUAAUGCAUUCGUACAGGGGAGAGACCUUUUUCCUGUUUGCUUUGUGGGAAGGGAUUCAUUGUUUUUCCAUCCUGCUGAGACACCAGCAAAAUUCACACUGAUGAGAGGCCUAAUAAAUGCCUUGAUUGUGAGAAGGGUUUUAAAAGUUCCCAGGAACUGAUGCUCCAUCAAUAUAUUCACAACAAUGGGGGUUGGGUUCAGGAGAUCACCUGACCUUAUUCUCCCCCGACACAUUCACACCGGGCAGAGGCUAUUCACCUGAUCUGUGUGUGGAAAGGGAUUUACUCAGUCAUCCGCCUUACUGACACACCAGCAAAUUCACACUACUGAAAGACCUUUGAAAUAUCCAGACCGUGGAAAGUGCUUUAAAAUUUCGAAAGAACUGAUGUGCCAUCAAUGUGUUCACAUUGAUGAGAGACCAUUCAGGUGCUCUCACUGGGACUGGCUUUACACAAUCACCUCAACUCCGUAAGCAUCAGAGAAUUCAUACUGGGGAGAGGCCAUUCAUCAGUUCUGAGUGUGGGAAGAGGUUCACUCACUCAUCUAAACUGAGGAGACACCAGCGAGCUCACAUGAGGGAGAAGCCAUUCAGCUGCUCUGAGUGUGGGAAUGGAUUCACUUGGUCAUCCAACCUGCUGAACCAUCAGCGAGUUUAUGAGUAACUGUGGUGGUUGCUGUUAAUCACAUCCAGGACUGAACCAAGUUCAGCACAAUCUGUUUCUGCUGAUGUUCAUAACAGUCCACCUGUAAUUGUAUGGCACAGAAAGAAGCUAUUUGACCCAUUAUGUCUGCACUAGCUCUUUGAGGGAUUAUGCUUAGUGCAGUUCUCCUGUAAUGCUGCACCUAGUUUCUCCUCAAUUACCAGCUAACCACCUCUUGAAUGUGUCAGUAGAACCUGCCUCCACCAUAUUUCCAGGUGGUGUUAUCCAGACCCUAACUACUUGCUGUGUGAAAAUAUCUUCUGUUUGCCUGUUUUGUAAAACACAUUAAAAAUGUGCUGUUUGGUUCCCUUUUACAAUCAGGACCAGUUUCUUCCCAUCUACUCUACACACAUUCUUGAUUUUCAGAAUUUAUGACAAAUGUCCUCAUAGUCUUCUUUCCAAGGAAAACUUCCCAAAUUCUACAAUUUAGCUUCAUAACUGAAGAUUCUCAUCCCUGAAAGAAUUCUCACAGACCUCUUCUGCACUCCCUCCAAUGUAAUCACAUUCUUCCUGGUGUGGCAUCCAGAACCAUACACAAUAUUUCAGCUGAGGUCAAACUGGUAUCUAUGUAAGUUCAUCAUAACCUCGUUGUUCUUGCAGUCUGUGCCCUCCUAAGACAUCCAAGGACACUGUGUUUUAUUAACUGCUCUCUCCACCUGUCCUGCCACCUUUAAUGACAAAUGCACACAUGCGCCCAGGUCUCUUUGCUCAUGUACACCCCGUAGAGUACUGCACUUUGUUUUAAACUGUCUCUCCAUGUACUUUAUACCAAAAAAAUCACCUCAUUCUUCUCUGCAUUGAACUUAAUCUGCCCAGCUAUCCCCCCAUUCAAUCAACUUUUCCAUGUCCUAUGGAAGUUCUACACCAUUCUCCUUACUGUUUACAUUGUUUCCAAGUUUUGAAUCAUUCACAAAAUUCAAAGUUAUCCCCUGCACAUCGAGGUCUAAAUCAUUUUAAAAAUGUCAGGAAAAGCAAAGGUAUACAAACAGUUUUUGGGGAUCUCCACUGAAAACAUUCCAGCCAAAAAAAGAAUCCAUUGACUAUUACUCUCUGUUUCCAUCACUCAGUCAAUUUUGUAUCUAUGUUAGUCCUGCCCCUUUUAUUCCAUGAACUUUAUUUACAAGUCUCUUGUGUGACACUGUAUCAAAUAGCAUUUGGAUGCAAAACUAUCACCAUCACUUUUCCCCGGAAUUUCCGGUACUUGGCUCACAAUACUCUUUCUGGAUCUUUGAGAAUUGAAUCUCUCAGCAGCAAUUACCACAGGUGAAAUGAGCUGAUUGUAACUCGGUGGCUGGGUUAGUUUCAUUAACGAAUUGAUUCAAAUUACUUCUUUUAUUUUGGUAAAUGUGCUACUGAGGAAAGCAAUGGGACUGUUCAAUACAUCCCUCCUCUCUGAUCCUGCACAAACAUUCUGUUUAUUAUAUAACCUUUCCAUUCCAAAUAAAUUAGUCAAGAUCACGGAGGACUCACUGCAAAACCAUCUUAUCAGAUCUCACGUUGUCUCUGACAGAAACUGCAGCAUGGAAUUUAAAUGGGUAGAUGGAGUUUGAAGUAUGACCUGGUCUUUUAACAUAAUCACUGAUUCAUGAUUAAUUCUUCAAUUUAAUGAACUGACACUGACAACUUAAUCAUGUGUUUCUGGUGACAAAUUCACACAUUUGAUUAAUUGCAGGAUGCCUUCCUGAGUUAAAUAUCAGUCUUAAAAUGGCUCUCUUCACCUUGUUAAUUUACUUCAGCAAAUAUAAAAUGUAAGUAGUUUGAAAAGGGUGAAUUUCUACUUAAGUUAACUACCCAGGCUCACUCACAGGUGUCUGUCUAAAAAUCUUCCUUUAUCUGCUCCUCCAAGGUCUCAGUGUCUUUAGUAGUAGCCAGAUUACCAAAUCAAGUUUACUUUAAAAGUUCAUAGGCAAAGAUACAAACAUUUCUGGGAGAACCUAUGUAAAAACUAUAUCUUUUUGUUUUUCUUUAUUUUGGAUUGUGGAACAAAAUGGGGAAAAUUGCUUUAGGCCAAGGACUGUGAAAGGAGUUGUUGCUCUUUCUAAAAACAACUUACUGGAAUGCAUUGUGAGUUGUGUUAACACAGUUGUUUUAUUCAACCGGUGGGGAAGAGACCUGAGAGGUCAUGGCACUGGGUAUGCGUGCGGAUUGCUGAUUUGUUCUUGCAAUCUGGACGACUUGAAGUCAGAAGUCAUCAGUUUAGCCACAAUUCUCUGAUGCACCUAAGUAGGUGAAUGCUGUGGUUCUGAACAAUACAGAGAGAAACCUUGAAACUGCAGAAACGACAAUGUCCCCUUGCUUGCGCACUGUCUUCAGUGAAGUGACCAAAGUCAGGAAGAUAGCUAGAUAUUAUCUCCCACCAGGUGUUGUGAAAUGUUGCCUCUAUUAAUAACCAAGAGUUUCAAUUAGUGUGUCAACCACCUUGUGUCUUCUGUGAAAAAUUGAAAAAAAUGUGCAGAACAGAAGUUGUUGGAAGGCAAAAAGGACACCUCCUCAACUCAUACUGACUGGUGAUAUUUGAACUGUACUUCUCUAGUAUUGUUUUCUCCAUCCUUAACAUUCAUGUUUGUUUGUCUGUGUGUAUUUGCGGGGUGGGAGUAAGGUUUAACAAGUGGGAGGGGUUCGGAGUUUGGACUAUAAGAGUUACAUGUUGGUAAUUCGUAUGUUUGUUUGCCAGUAGCUAGAAAUGAUUUAUUUGUAAUAAACAGCAGUUCUUGU